CGUGCGUGGGACCUGGUCACUUUUUUGUAGGUUAAGUGGGAGUCAACAGAUCAGAACAGUUGUAGAUAGCCUAUUGUUUCUUAUUUUGGAGAAUUUAAUACAUCUAUAGAAGAUGUCUCUCUACAAGGAACCGAUUAUUCGCUCACCAUUUACUGAUUUGACGGGAAACUUAGGUCACCACCAACAUUUCAGUCGCUGUGCUGACUUUGAGAUGGCCAUGAUGGAAUGUAUGGAAGCAUAUGGCAUGCCUCGCGCCGAGGUCAAAUGUAAAGAUCUCAUUGAUGACUUCAAAGAGUGUCACUCACAGCGUAAACAGAUCAUGAGAGAGAACGCUAUGAGGAUGGAACGCCACAAGCAGCUGUUGAAAGGGGAACGCUCCUGGAAAGAACACUACGCUCCAGCUCCCAAACCUGACAGCUAUUAGUUGGAUCAACUUUGGUAGAUACAUAAAGUCUCGAAUUGUAUCAUUUUGUUAGAUGUGCUAAUAUUAAUUACAUGUAUGGUUUUUGUUAAAA